GAUGGGGAGAUGACAUCACUUGGGUACAGACUUAUGAAGAAGGUCUCUUCCAUAUUCAAAAAAGUAACAAGCCAUUGAUGGUCAUUCAUCACUUGGAGGAUUGUCAAUACUGCCAAGAACUCAAAAAAGUGUUUGCCCAAAAUGAAGAAAUACAAGAAAUGGCUCAGAAUAAUUUCAUCAUGCUGAAUCUCAUGCAUGAGACCACAGAUAAAAAUUUAUCACCAGAUGGGCAAUAUGUGCCUAGGAUCAUGUUUGUGGAUCCUUCUUUAACAGUCAGAGCUGAUAUAACUGGAAGAUACUCUAAUAGACUGUACACAUAUGAACCACAGGAUUUACCGAUAUUGAUAGAAAACAUGAAGAAAGCAUUGAAACUUAUUCAAUCAGAGUUAUAAGAGAUUACCUCAAAG